AUCGCUUCAGCGUGACAACUGUCAGUUGUUUGCGAACUUGCGUUCCGAAAUACGUGGAACUUGUCGAUCAACAUGACUUAGUGAAGUGAAAAGUCUGUGACUAUUUUAUAAGUUUAGUGAUAAAUUAAAUUCAAAAUGACUAGAAGUGGCCGAAAUCACGAUGGCCUUUUGGCAAGGGUUAAUUUUCCUUUAUAUACAUUGCAAAUGUUAACCAGCAGACAUGUGUUAGUGGCUGGAGGAGGCGGAAUGUCCAAAACUGGAGUAGCAAACGGAUUUGAAGUAUACGAACUUUAUCACAAUGGUGAAAGAUUUAUGGCCGAAGAAGUUAUACGUCAUGAAACAGGAACAAGUGUUGUUAUGAAUUGUUCUGUGGUUUCAACUAACAAGGGCUCGUAUUUAGCAGUAGGCCAAGAGAGUCAUUGCCAGUUAUACAAUGUAAAUCCAAAAAUUAUUGAUUUAUCAGAAUGGAAAAUUGAGCAAACUAAUCUUGCAAGGCGGAGAAAAAAUUCAGAAAGGUCUAAUGAUGACAAUCAUCAUGCAGAAAAUGAUUACAACAGAGAGGGUUUUAGAAAAAUGACUUUUGAGAUUCAAGCUCAGGAUAGUAUACAAACAGAUUUUACACCAGAAGAACCACUUCAAAGAGUGAUAAAAAUAAGUCACUGUGGAAAAUUAAUGGCCACAGGUGGCACAGAUGGCCAUAUUAGAGUAUGGAAGUUUCCAAAACUUGUCAAGACAUUAGAUAUAUCAGCACAUACAAAAGAACUAGAUGAUGUAGAUUUUUCACCCAAUGAUAAGUUAAUUGUUAGUGUAGCAAAAGAUGGCUUAGGAUUAGUAUUUGAUGCCGAAACAGGCAAAAAAAAGAUCAGUCUCACAUGGAAUCAACCAGAAGGGACUAAAUAUUUAUUCAAACGUUGUAAAUUUGGAGUGGUUGAAGGAGUUAAGGAUAAGUGUCGAUUAUUUACAAUAGCAAAUCCAGCAGGUAGAGCUGGCAAGCAAAAAGGAUUUCUUCACCAGUGGGAUAUCGAACAGAAUACAAUUACAAAGACAGUAGCUAUUGAAGAAAGUUUAUCUGCUUUGGCAGUAAGAGAUGAUGGUAGAUUUUUAGCGAUUGGAACUAUGUUCAGUGGAUCAGUUUCUGUAUAUGUAGCGUUUAGCAUGCAAAGGGUUUUGUAUGUCCCUGGGGCCCACUCAAUGUUUGUUACUGGUCUUGAAUUUUUGCCUUUAAAAGGUAAAGGCCCACCAGUGUCUAGCGAUACAGAAGCGGCUGUCCUUUCUAUCAGUGUUGAUAAUAGGGUUUGCAUUCAUAGUUUGCCUUUCCGACAUACAUUACCUGCCUGGGUAGCUAUACUUAUUAUAGUAUUUAUGCUAUUCCUAACAUUCACAUUUUGUUCUUACUUGGGGCUGUGAUUGUAGAAUUAUUUGUUUAUAUAAGAUGACAAUUUUUUAAUCAAACUACAUACAUAACUACUAUGUGCAAUUCUCUGAGAACUGAAUUAUU